AUGAUGGCGAGGGUGUUCUUCUAUCUCAUCGUUGGUUUAUUUGGUCAUAUAACGUGCACUUACAAUCUUCCCAACGCUUGCCGCCCUAACGACGUUUACCCAACUCCGGGAUUUGCUCCAAGUUGCCGCUACCUAUGCACUACAAGGGGUUAUGUCCAAGAACGUCCUUACGCUGAUGGUACAGUUUGCUUUGUGACGUACAGCAAUGACGAGCAGGCAGUUCGCUACCUUGGAUACUGCCAACAUGGGACAUGCCUACCAGCAAACUUAGAACCUAGCGGGAAGCUGCCCCACCAGUGGGAUGGAAUAUAUCAUGUGUGUGAUGAUAAGCAAAGUGUUUAUCAGCCUGUUAGAAACUGCACAUACAUCUGUGAGGAGCAAGAUAAACCUUACUUGCCAAGAAAGUAUUAUUACGGCAUUUAUACUGAUACAAAAUGCAUGCUUCAAGACGGUAAGGUCGGCCUCUGCAGAAGUGGGCUUUGUUAUGGCAUGGAAUACUUCCAAACGGCCGUCAAACCUCAGGAGCCCGUCGCACCUGAGGAGCCCGCUACAACUCAGAGGCCCGAUAUACCUCAGGGGACCGUCAAACCUCAGAGUCCUGUCAUAACUCAAGGACCCUGCAUGCCUCAGAUACCUCAGAUGCCUCAGAUGCCUCAGAUGCCUCAGAUACCUCGGAUGCCCAUUUUACCUCAUAUGCCCGUCAACCCUCAAGUCUCCUCCAUAAAAAAUGGCCCUCGGCAAAAUGUCAUACACUAA